UGUUGUCAGUGUUAUUGAGAGGCGAGCAGAGGAGAGGAGAGAGAGAGCUGCUUCACUGCUCACUGUCCUUCCUGAACAUUUUCACUCUUUUCGGCUCUGCUUUAUAAACUUCCGGUCUGUUUGUCGGUAAUUGUGUGGAUUUAUGUCGGUUAUGUCGGAGUUAUGGGACGCGGUGCGUUGCAGGAAAGAAAGGAGGCUUUAAAUCUCACCGUGUGCUGUUUUUGUCUCCUGCGCGCUCGGUAACUCGAUACUGCGGUUCUCAUCGCCACAUACCGAUACCGAUCUUUUUGGCUGGAUUUUUCUAUACCGACUGGGAACUUCAGCUUAAUUCUUGAGGGUUGUUUUUGGAGGAAAUGGAGGCUGUAAUGGAGAAAGAGUGCAGUGCUCUAGGAGGGCUUUUUCAGGCCAUCAUUAAUGACAUGAAGAGCAGUUACCCCGUCUGGGACGACUUCAUCAGUAAAGCGGGAAAACUGCAGUCUCAGCUGAGGACGACGGUGAUGGCCGUGGGCGCCUUCCUGGACGCCUUUCAGAAAGUAGCCGACUUGGCCACCGGGACACGAGGAGGCACCAGAGACAUCGGCUCGGCUCUGACCAGGAUGUGCAUGAGGCACAGGAGCAUCGAGGCCAAGCUGAAGCAGUUCUCCACGACGUUUAUCGACUGCCUCAUUAAUCCUCUUCAGGAGCAGCUGGAGGAGUGGAAGAGAGGCGCAAACACACUGGACAAGGACCACGCCAAAGAGUAUAAAAAAGCUCGGCAGGAGAUUAAGAAGAAAUCCUCAGACACCCUGAAACUGCAGAAGAAGGCUAAGAAAGGGAGAGGAGACAUCCAGCCUCAGCUGGACAGCGCCGUCCAGGAUGUGACGGACAAAUACCUGCUGCUGGAGGAGACGGAGAAGCAGGCGGUGAGGAAGGCGCUGAUCGAGGAGCGAGCUCGCUUCUGCAUCUUCGUCUCCAUGCUGCGACCCGUCGUGGAUGAGGAGAUGGCCAUGCUGGGUGAGAUCGUCCAUCUUCAGACCAUCGCUGAAGACCUCAAAGCUUUGACUAUGGACCCCCACAAACUGCCCCCCGCCAGCGAACAGAUCAUCCAUGACCUCAAGGGCUCGGAUUACAGCUGGUCCUACCAAACACCUCCAUCAUCUCCGAGCACCACCAUGUCCAGGAAGUCCAGCAUGUGCAGCAGUCUGAACAGUGUGAACAGCAGCGACUCACGCUCCAGCGGCUCACUGUCUCAUUCGUCCUCCCCGCUCUAUCGCUACCGCAGCAUCACCGUGCCGCAGCAGGUCCCCGCCCGCCUCGCCAGCGUCUCCUCGCACGACUCGGGCUUCGCCUCGCACGACGCUUUCCAGUCCAAGUCGCCUUCACCCAUGCCCUCCGACCCCACCUCUCAGCUUCCUUCCAGCUCUGCUUCGUCGGAAUCCUCUGAAUCGGCUCAGUCGCUCAGCGAGUGCAGCUCUCCCACUGAAAAGGUGACUCCUAAUUGGCUCUCUGCUCACCAGCGCCACUUCCUGUUGGCUCCUCAUGAAUUAGGGCUGCUUCCCAUUGGAUAUUCACUCACUCCAUUAUCAGAUCCGUGUCCCUUUUGUCUGUCAAACGGCUACGACCACUACGGCCCUGCAGAGGCCUCGUACCCGACCGGAGUGGCCUUCCCCUUCCCUCAAAAUCCCUCCUCCUCUUCCUCCUCCUCUUCCUCCUCCUACGCUUCCUCCACUCUGAGGUCGUGGUCGAGGCCGGGCUCAGCGCUGAUGCCCGAUUACCCCCAUUACUCCACGCUGACCCCCGGCAUUCUCCCCCCAUCCUCCAAGAUCCCCAGCUGGAAGGACUGGGCUAAACCGGGCCCGUACGAUCAGCCCAUGGUGAACACACUGAGGAAGAAGAAGGAGCCGAAGGAGGCGGUGGACGCAAACGGCUCGUACCAGCCGACGUUAAACUCCACGCAGCCUGAGGACAAUCAGAAAACCAGGAGCAUCGCUGAUACACCACAGGAGGUGGAGGUUCAGCAGGAUUUGGCUCUGGCUCUCUCUCGGGGUCUGCAGUUGGACGCUCAGCGCUCCAGCAGAGACUCGCUCCAGUGUUCCAGUGGAUACAGCACUCAGAGUACCACACCCUGCUGCUCCGAGGACACCAUCCCCUCUCAGGUGUCCGAUUACGAUUACUUCUCCGAGCAGCAGGACUUUGAUAAAUCCUCCACCGUCCCGCGUAACAGCGACCUCGGCCAGAGUUACCGCAAACUGUUCCAGACCAAACGUCCCGCCUCCACCGCCGGCAUCCCCUCCGUCCCCGCCGUCCCGGGCGUGGCCACCAUCCGCCGCACGCCCUCCACCAAACCCUCGGUGCGCAGGGGCACCGGCCCCGUCCCCAUCCAAACCCCGGUCAUCCCCGUCAUGACCCCUAGUGUGCCCGACUUCACGGGGGCGGAGCCUAACGAGGAGGUGGAGCCGAGCGACGACGCGGAGCCGGAAUCUGUCCUGCCGGUGGAGUCGUGGAGCGGUCAGGCGUCCACUAACCCGCCCCUGCACGCCGCCUACGAAGGGCACGAGGGCGCCGUGGAGGAAGGAGACACCAUGCUGCAGUCCAUCCGGAGAGGAGUCCGACUGAAGAAAACCACCACCAACGACCGCUCAGCACCGCGCAUCCCAUAAUACUCCAGCAUUCUAAUACACUACGAACAUUUACUAUGGUAACAGAGGAGGGUGGGAUGGUUAGCGCGCUACUAUAAGACUCAGCUGAUAUGGAAGAGAGAUAAUAUCUCUCCUGUCGUUAAUUUAUUUUACUCUCAGAACAUUCUUUACUGCCGUAUUUUCCGGACUAUAAGCCACCAAAAUUACGUAUUUUUAUUAUUUAAAAAAUAUUACUCCGGUCGCUUCAGCGUAUAAAUCACAUUAACGUAGCAGCUCUUUCUAUUUUCAGUCGUUCGCUUCAGCGCCCCCUACAGGUGCAACGCAGUUUAGCGUUUGUCCUGGUAGUGUUGCCGUAGUAACCGAAUUAUACAGCACUGUCUACGUAGCUUUUGUUUGUUGUUACACAGUAACGCUAAUUGUGUAAAUGUAUUAGUUUACCGGACAGGACAAUAAAGAAAAAUACAAAGUUUAAAUUAAAAAACAUAAUUACGUAAAGCUAGCUAUGUGAUGAAGUUAUGUUAUGAUUGAAGUCACCGUUUCUGCUUAUUGCGAAUAAUCACUAAUUAAACAAAAAGAUCAACGAUUUGUUUACGAUUUGUUAGCAUUUCGUUUCUUCCUGGUGUCGUUUUUCUCGUUUUCAUCCAACAAACACACGCAGCUACACAACGGCGUUGAUAUGUACGAUAUAUAUAUCAAAUGUAUAAAAUAUAUGACGUGUCAUCAUACAUCAUAACUUUUCGCUAGCUAGCUAGCUAAUGUUAAGCUAGUUACUGUGUACAAGGUGUGAAGUUAAAUUUAACCAAACACCAACUUCUGAUGAUCUACAAACAUGAUUGUUACAUCGGCUAAACAAAAUGAAUGUUAAUGACGUACGAAAACAAGCGAUUAACGUAUGUUUGUAAACGACUUGUAUGUAAAACCUGUGAGCUGCCCAGAUAGGCUGCCUACCUAGGGACCUGGCUUCUGAUUGGAACACAACGAUCGUGUAUGUGUACGAAAUCUUACUGAAGAAAUCACACGCUACUCGAUUUAAAAAGUUAAAAUAACGCUGUUAAACUAGCUAUACUAGCUGGCUAAUAGCUAUCGUGUGUUCACAAGGACCAUAAUUACUGGAGUAGCAGGUCUACCGUGAGUACGCUAACAGACGCGCAUGUUUUAGCUGAACAAUUUAAUGCAGAAAUAUAAAUCUGAGCAACAAAACGUGUCUUUAGUCCGGAAAAUACGUUAUAUUCCUUUUUUUCCCCUUGUAUUUCUGCGCAUCGCUUUAUAGGACGUGAACUGAUGUCCGGUUUAAUUCUUCAAAACAACACUCUGUCGAUGGAGUAAGUAUUUGUAACGAUGAAACAGAAAAGUUUAGUGAAGUAUUAAAAAGGCUAUUUUAUUUUUAUGAUUUUUUUUUUUGGAAAAUGUACGUAAAAUACUAAUUUUGAACAUAUCGUCGUUAACCGUAUAACAAUCUACAAUAUUAACAGUAUAUGUUUUUUGUCUUUUUUUAUAAUUAUUAUUAUUAUUAUUAUUAUUAAUGUUAUGAUGAUGAUAUAAAUAAUCCAAACUCACCCUCUAAUGUUAGCAAAAAAUUAUAUAUAUACGUUUGUAUAAAAAAAUUAAGUGUAAAUAGCGACGGAGCCGAACAGCGACUUUUAAUUUAUUCAUCCGCUCGGUAAAGUAGAUCCCGUCCUUUUCCCUGUGAAAUAUUGUAUAUUAUGUUAAUACACUACGAGGUAAUUCAUGUAGAAAAGCACACACACACACACACACACGUCCUCGUCCAGGUUCAUUUCACACGUUCAUGUUCUCUUUUUAUUUUUGUGUAAAAAUCAAACAAGUCUCUAUAAACUGAUUAAACUGGUGUGAAAAGUGAAGUUUUUUCUUUAACUUACAGAAUUUAUCACUUUUUCUUUUGUUAUUUAAAUUUUGGUGCUGUUUUGUUGUUGUUGUUGUUUUUCUUUUAUAAUUUCUGUAAUAUUUCUGUGUGUCAGCCUUAUUUCAGCUCCACUGGAUUAAACAAAUCGCUUCACUCUUCAGCACGAGACUGAAAAAUUAAAAAUAAAAAAACCUUCUGCUUGUGUUUUUCAUCUGAACUGUAUACAGUCAUGUUGACUUGCUAACUGGCUCUAGCGUAGUAGAUAGCCAUCUUGCUAACUAGCUAGCAGGAUAAAGUACCGAAGUUUUAUCAGAUGGUGACAGAAAAGCUAAUUUGAAAACAGAAAUUAAAAUGUUGUUAUAUUUUUUGACAUAUUAAAUAUUUUAUUCCUCCA